AUGGCGCGUGCAAGCCGCACUAAUGUACACAUUGCAGUGGCUCGGGUCCAUGUUCUGUUCUCUAUCCUUAUCAAGCUCGAUUCGACUUUGGAGAUUGCACUAAAUCGUAUAGCUUCAAUGGUCCGAGGGACAAUCCAGAGAUGGAAAGGAGGAAGAGGGUGGCAGCCUAUAAUAUGUAUGCCGUGGAGGGGAGACCAGAGAGAUCACAUGCCAAUGGACUUGUACAAAAGAACUGUAAAUUAUACAACAGUCAGCAAAGAAGCAGCAGUGCCACGAUAUGCAGGAUCUAAAGCAAGAAGUCUGCCCAAAAGACCAAAUGCUGAGUCGGGGAAAUUUGGAAAGGUUUCCUGGAAACAUGGUUUAUAA